AGGCGCUGCUCCGGAGCUACAGGCGCUAAAUCGCCCCAGGGCAGGAGCCGCCACAGCCAGCAGCGCGCACCGCGACCGGCCGACCGUCUGAGCCUGCAACUGGAACCCCGGCUCGGCCGUCGCCGCCACAAGUCAGGACAAGGGUGCGGCGCGAUUCCCUGGAAACUCAUAAAAUCUCAUCAUGGGAGCUGUGGCGAUCGAUGACAGUCCAUCUGGAGUUAAAGCCCCAGAUGGUGGCUGGGGCUGGGCUGUACUCUUUGGGUGCUUUGUCAUCACUGGAUUCUCCUAUGCCUUUCCGAAGGCCAUGAGUGUCUUCUUCAAGGAACUUAUCCGGGAGUUUCAUGUUGGAUAUAGUGACACAGCAUGGAUUUCUUCUAUUUUGUUGGCUAUGCUUUAUGGAACAGGUCCCCUAUGCAGUGUGUGUGUCAAUCGGUUCGGCUGCCGUCCUGUAAUGUUGGCCGGAGGCUUCUUUGCCUCAGCUGGGAUGAUCAUUGCUUCCUUCUCCACUAAUAUCAUUCAGAUCUAUCUUUCUGCUGGUGUCAUUACUGGACUGGGCCUGGCCCUUAAUUUCCAGCCAUCCCUUAUCAUGCUGAAUCGCUACUUUAGCAAAAAACGGCCUUUGGCCAAUGGGUUGGCUGCAGCUGGAAGCCCUGUGUUCCUCUGUGCUCUUUCCCCCCUGGGGCAGGUACUGCAGCAUGAAUAUGGAUGGCGAGGGGGAUUUCUCAUCUUGGGGGGAUUGCUUUUCAACUGCUGUGUUUGUGGAGCUCUGAUGAGACCUUUGGAAAGUCCAAAAAAACAGGAAGCUGUGAAACCAACUGAGGAACGCAAGAAAAAGCUAUUGGAUUUUACCGUUUUCAGAGAUACCGGCUUUAUAAUCUAUACAGUGGCUGCAUCCAUUAUGGUGCUAGGCUUAUUUGUGCCUCCAGUUUUUGUAGUCAGUUAUGCUAAGGAUCUGAAGUAUGAGGACACCAAAUCCGCUUUUCUUCUGACAAUUCUUGGCUGCGUGGAUAUUUUUGCUCGACCUCUUUGUGGAAUACUGGCUGGAUUGAAGUGGGUUAGGCCCCGCUGUGUCUAUUUCUUCAGUUUUGCUAUGUUUUUUAAUGGUUUCACUGAUCUCAUGGGCUCCUUUUCUUCCGAUUAUGGUGGCCUGGUGGUGUUCUGCAUCUUCUUUGGCAUUUCCUAUGGAAUGGUUGGUGCUCUUCAGUUUGAAGUUCUCAUGGCUAUUGUUGGUACACAGAGGUUUUCAAGUGCCAUUGGCUUAGUUCUUUUGGCUGAGGCAGUGGCUGUUCUAAUUGGCCCACCUUCAGCAGGCAAACUCCUGGAUGCAACUCACAAGUACAUGUAUGUUUUUAUUUUGGCUGGUAUUGAAGUCGUUACCUCCUCUGUGGUACUGGCUUUAGGAAAUAUCUUCUGCAUCAAAAAACCUGCAGAAACAGACCAAAAUCAUGCUGACAGAGAAGGGUUAAAUCAACUACCGGGAGAAUCCAAAGUGGACUCUAUUGAAGUGGAACGUUUUCUGAAAGAUGAAAAAAAUGGAAAAGUUGUAACCAACCCAGAAACAUGUGUGUGAAUGUUAUCAGAAAUGAAUGCCAAACAUUUAGAGAAAGAUUCAGAAACUUUUAAUAUUUGUAUUUAUUUUGGUAACAAGCUUUGCUUAGGAUUGGGCCAUUAUGUUUGGGAACUAGAGAUCAACAAGCUCAUGCAAUCACUUCUUGGAAGCUGAUUUGUUAAGAAACUUUUCUCCGUUUUAAAAGAAGGAUUGAUCUUCAAGUUAAUUUGCUUGGGCAUAACUACUGCUGUAAACUAACCCAUGGCCUUCUAAACACACAUAGGGAUCCAGCUUUGCACUACCAGAAAACAUUAUCUGGGAUGGAAGUAUUUUAGUUAGAAGAAUGAAUGUGUAAAUGUUCCUGUAAUGCAGAUGACAUACUUACUGUUUUUGCAUCUAUAGAAUCUCAAAGUAUCUUCCAUGACUGUGUCUGAUUUAGAGAGAAUAAUUACCAAGAGAUCAACCCUAUUUUUAAUCUUAUAGGAUGCUGAAUUUUAAAUAAUUUUGGUUUCACCAAUAUAUUUUUAUGUAUUUAUAUUGUUUUCAUCAUCUUUUUUUACUUUAAAAAUUAUACAUGCAGAAGAAAGUUAUUGUGACGCUUCCUGGGGGAAAAAAUCAAACAACUAUUCUCAAAUGGAGGUCAAAACAGAAUGAACUGUGAUUAGUUUUCAUAGGACAACAGACUGAAAAGCUAUUUCAGUCUCUCUAAUUGCCUGCUGAUUUUCAACUUUAACUGCAGGCUCUUAUGAACAUGCCUUACAUUAAUGAUUUGUAAAACUUUCUAUGACCCAGGAACAGCAGAUGGAUGUGUUAGCUGUCAACAUUUGUGUAGUGACAGAGGAGUAUAUAUCUUUUUGUCUAGCCGUAUUUUUAUAAAGUAGAAAAAAAUAUUUCUAAACAUUUUAUCAUGCCCAUUAUAUAAAUCACAAGGGAUUAAUGGAGUUGGCAGUUUUGAUGACUUGAAGGAAAUAAUGUGAGGAAAUAAUGUAGUGUAGAAGUAAAAGAUUCUUUUUGUUACCCAAAGUCUUCUAAGAAACAUUCAUACUACAACCUAUGCCUUCUGUUGCUUGGGGUAGUGGAAGCUGGCCCCACAAUGUUGCAUUAGGGGGCAAAAGUGGCUAAGAUUUCUUCACAAGCAAAGAAUUCAUGAAAUCCCUCUAUUCUGAAGGACACCAGUGGAAGCAAAGUUAUUAUUCAUGUUUUAUGUUAAUUAAAUGUGUUGAUUAUCCAUUUAUCCCAAUGAAGACGGACUUUUUCUGCUCUUCUGAACAGUUCUUUAAAGUGACCUAUUGACUUGGAAGGCUAAUUGUGGUAUUCCAUAGCUAAGCGGCAAAAUUCCAUAUGCUCCCUAGAGAGCUGUUAGGUUUUUGUAUCUCUUUGCUACCAUCCAGUGGAUAUUUGAGUCUUUCAAAAGAAUUUCCAGAGAACAGCAGGUUCUUAGUCCUAAAUGAAUUAGAGAGAGAAGUUAGAAGUUUCCUGAAGAUGGGUUCCAGCAUGAAUCCGAAAGCUCGGAAGAUAUAAUUUCUGGUCCUGGUGACCGACCCAGAUUGGAUACUGCAACAUUAUCCCUGGACAUGUAUAUUCGCCUUCAUUCGCUAAAUGAAUUACUUUCUCUAGAUAAAGUAGUCAAAUUAGUUUUAUGCAUUACUUGAGUUAUAUACUAGAUAUAUACCAUUUAUUGUCAGAUGCCAACAUAAGAUCCCUACCAUGAUUUAGAUGAGGAUUACAGGUGCUCCAGGCAAGCAAAUUUGACUGCUUGGCCAACCCAGUAUUAUACCAACUAGGCAGGGAGAGCAACUUGGCAAAAGUAUUUGUGCCCUAGUUCCUGGCAUAGAAUUGGAUAUUUCCAGUCUUACAGCAAUUUGAGAUGAUGUCUUUCAACCCCAAUCAAUCUGGUCACAAAAUAGCGGGUCCCAUUAUCUGGAGAAUGGCAUGUUGUCCACCAUUUUUGCCUAUCAUACACAUGUGAAAGAAUCUAUGCUCUAAAGGGAAAUUUGUUUGUAAUAGUCCAGUCAACACUGUGACCUUCAAAAGUUAUGCAAUUAUGAUUCCCAGUCAACACAGUUGAUUCUGGAAAUUCUAAUUUCAACACAACUGGAGGGAACCAAAUUGGGAAAGACUGGUUUACUAGUUCACUAAUGUCAGGAGACAAAUGUGCUAAUAUCUUCAUGUUUACCUGGAAAUACUGGAAAUGAUUAGUGGUAGAAUUUUGUCAGUUUCUCUACCGGCAGACAAUUUGUUUAAAAUAAUUUCUCUUCUUAUAUUUCUUUUUAACUUGCAUCUUAAAUCCAAAUUCUUACUUCUUAUGUGGUUACCAAAGAUAAAAUAUUUUUCUUUUAAGAUAUUUUGGUAAAAUUAAAAUACCAAACAGAAAUACUGACAGAUCUGGCCAAUUUCUGUCAUAAUAUUUAACCCAAAGAUUAAAUUUGCUUACUAUCUCAUACUGUUACUUUUGGUAGAAACUUCAUUUUUUUGUGUGUAUUUAGUAGCAAGGGCAUAUGGUCAAAGCCUGGCAGAAUUAUAAUAUAGAAUUCGAUCAAUAUUUGCUUACAUAGAUUGGAAAUAUAAAUCAACCUAUUUUUUUAUCAAAUAAAAUGUUAUGGUUCAGUGUUAGCAGCUUAUAGUCAACUCAGAUGAUACUAAAAUGCUGCAAUAAUAUUAUCAAGUAAAUACCAUUGUAAUGUAUUUGAGUCUUGACAAUCAACCUAAGGUUGUUAAGUUAUGGCAUUUAGUAUGAUGACAUUAACAUAUGCCAUCACUUCCUCCCCCUCCUGGCCUUGGACAACUAUGUUCAAGGUAGCAAAAUGUUAUUUAGGUUGGAUAAUUAUUGCACUGCUUUCAAAGGCAAUUCAAAAAAUUUCUGGCCUCAGAAAGUUUCCCAAGAAUUGCAACAAAUGGGUCAUGAUGCAGGUCACCCACCUCGUUCAACAAAAACAAAACAUUAUUGUGCCCUUUUUCAUAUACUUGUGAGAAAUGAAUGUUUGAUGUCUAUCUCCAUGUAAUUGAAUUAAACCCAAUUUAAAAGGU